AUGAUAAUCGUCAGUCUUAUCGCUUUCUUUUCUGUUAUCUGGUGACUGUCUUGAUUGGUUGUAUUUGCAGGGAACCUUCGUGCCAACUCUGGAUUUUCUCAAGUUUGAAACGGACGACACCGACACGGUGUCGUUCCCCAAGUCGUCGCGAAGCAAGAAAAAAAUGUUCGUUUUUGUGAUUUAAACAUUUUUUAUAGUCUUACAAAUUAGAUUAAACUGUUGUUUUUAAUCAAAACUAGAAUGAUGCUGCAUUUUUUAGAUGGAGUCCCGGAGGACUCACUCGUCAAAUUCGCGUCGUAGGCGAUGUUGCAGUGGUCGAGUACGACAUUAAUGACACUGUUUCUGUUAGUUUUAGAAGUGCAAAUUCUUUGAAAUCUUCAUAUUUAGUUGCUGGAGUUUGUGCAUAUUACAAAUCCCGAACGAUCUCAGCCUUUAUGUACUCUUAAAAUGACACAAAAGCCGGAAUUCGUAUCCGCAUUAGAUUUUCAUUUCCACUGUCAGUAUUUCCUUUACGGAACUAGCAAUGGAAACGUAAAUCUUGUGCAUGCUGGAAAUGACGAUAGCUUUCUGAGCGAGUGAGUUAUUCAUUAGCGAAAUUUUGGGCAAGGAGCUGUUUUAGACAUCGAAUCAAAAUUCUGAAGGUGAUGGACGUCCGCAACGAACAUAUUUCUCACGUUCGAGCUUCCAAUUUGGACAAAGGACUAUUUUGCAUUAAUUCUUCGGAAGAAGCGUUAGUUGAUAAACUUUUUCUCUUUUUAUAACUAAAAUAUCAGCUUUGAAUCCACUGUUUCUGUGUAUGAUAUUGCAAACAACAAUCGUCCAAUUGUCCACUAUGACACCGAAGAAAUCAUCUCUUCCAUUGCCUGGACAUGGUAUGUUUCAAAUAUCAAUAAUUUCUCAACCAUACAGAGUAAUUCAACAAAUAUCAUUUUUUAAAUCAUUUCGGAAAGUUUUUUUUCCGAAAAUGCUCGAGGAAAGGUAACCGAGAAAUACACUGAAAACGAUUAUGCUUCGAGAAAACUUUGGUCUCUCACAACCCCCAGCAAAAUCUUUUCAGGACCAGCGCUGCAACGUUCAUGAUAUCUUCAGAGACUGCCCUCAGACUUUGCGACAUGCGCGAUCCUCGGGAAUACAAAGCCCUUUUUCUGAACAAUCCUUUGGAACAUUUGACUUUCAAUCCCCAUAGGUUUGCUUGAACCAUUAACGAGUUUGUCAUUUCUGAUUGACAGACCUUGUCAAUUUGCGGGUUGUUAUAAGGAUGACAUUCUCACUUUUGAUUUGCGCUGUAUGAGCUAUCCUGUUACCAAAAUGCCAACAAGAAUGGUAAGGGACAAAAUUGAAUGACCGUAUCAGCAUUCGCUUUAGGAAAUUGGCGACACUAUCACAGAUCUUCGUUGGAAUCAUUUUAUGCCUAACGAACUGGUUUACGGAACGGCGUUUGGCACCAUGAAAUCCCUCGACAUCAAAGAAAACACUAACUUGAUUCAAAAAGUAAACGCUUCUCGAUGACAAAUUGGAUAGAAGUUUUUUUUCAGAUUGUCUGCGAUUCUCUUAUGACCGAAGACCAAACGUGCACUUUCAAACACAUCGGAGGACAGAUCUUCACGGAGGCCCAGAGAAGGCGUCGUGCACAAUUGUAGAAAACUUAUAUGUCAUUUUUCAAAUUUCACUUCUAGAUUUCCUCCUUUCACUAUUGAAAUGCCUCUUUACGACUACUACGAGCACUUUGAACUGGCGAAAAAACCUCAAAGUCACAUGCAAGUUCCCAAACUUUGGGCGGAACCUAUAUCUGUGGGUUAAAUAGGUGUAUUCAUAUAAUUCAAGAUCUUGCAGAAUUUCGAACAAAAUCAAAAGAAUUUGACCGAUUUGACGCACAAAUUGUGAGCUCAUUUUUAAUAUUCGUUUUCAAACAAAAUUUGUAAAGAGUUUCCGCGGAGCGCUUGGAAGACGUCAUGAAUAUGGAUCUAAUCGAAGAAGAAGUUUGCAAGUUUCCGGACACAGAAAUGAACGUUAUUUAUGAGGUAUUCAUUAGUUACUUUCACUUGUUUCAUGGUGUUUUUUUUUUAGAAAGAAGAGGUUCAUUCUUUUGAUUUUCCCACUCCUGGCGUGACUGGUCUGGUGCUUUUGAAACACAGUGACGAAUUCGAAUUCAUCACGGUCAAUAAUUCUCAUUUCUGAAACUUUUAAACAAAAAUUUUCAGAGUCCUGUUCAACACGAAAUUGCGAAUCAGGAGCCUGCAACAUUUAAGAAAAUCAAUUUCACUCGAGCAGCCGAGUGGUACAAGGUUAAUUAUUAUCAGUUUCACUCGAAUUAUAUGGAUCUCUUUCAGACCACUUCUCCCUACAUUUACUGGAUAAUUUUUGAUCGUCUCACAAGUGGAUGGAACAAUUUAAAAGUUGCAAACCACAACCUUCCGGAUAUAACCGACCGUGUGGUAGAGACAACAACUGCGUUUUGGGGAAGUUGGCUUCAAAUGGCGGUUCACAUGCAAUAUUCUGCUCGAGGUUAGAAUUUUUCUCAUUUUCAGAGUCCUUUUCAAAUUUCAGAAUGGCUGCUCAUUGCUGAUCAUGACAGCCUUAACGAAGAUACCCCGAAAGAGCCUACUGUAUCUAUUUCACGUCAAAGAGCCGCGUACAAACAAUUUUUCAAGCUUAUGGGUCCUUUGUGUCAAAUAUUCUUCCACAGACCAAUUAGUGAUCCAAUUCGAAAAGCCGACGAAAAUGUCGAGGAUGGUUCAGUUGUAAUUGGACAACAGAAACUCACGCAGACAAGUCCUCAGCCGAUCAUUUCUACUAAACUGUCAUCAGGCGUUUUACAAACACCGGCAAAAAAGAAAGGCGGAAAAAGUUUCCCACGAGGGCUUCUUCCGAUUCCGAAGCCACAGGCGCCAACAACAAAAGGCCAAGGAAUCAAGUUGAUCAUAGCCUCGGAACCUCCAUAUGUUGAAGAGCACAAGCCAAGAAGGCUCACCGAACUUGAGAUUGUGACCCUAUUGGAAAAAGUGCGCUCAGAUUUUUUUCGUGAGCGCCGUAGAAAAGUUUUUGACUGGCAAAUGAAAAUUUCAACCGACGGAAAAGUGCCAGUUCUCGAUGUCACCGACGAAGAAAUGGAGAAUCUGAGAGAAGCUCUGCAACGAGCCUUGUUCAGCGGAUGGCACACGUUCUACAGCAGGCACUCCUGGGUGUCGGAUGGCUCUGUCGCAUCAUUUUCUGAGCUUCUUUCUGACAUCGUCGAAGUGCAAAAACUUGCGCGAGGCAGUUUCGCACGCCACGAAGACUUUCCAACUUUGGACGUUCAUGUAAAAAUGCUCAACAAAUUCCAACGCAUCGUUCCCAUUGAUGAAUAUCUAAAAUCAGAGGAAGAAGUAAAAGAGGAUGAAUCACCGGAAUCAAGAAAAGUCGAAAAACAAGAAAAGACCGUGUCGGAGAGCAUUUCAGAAGUCAUGUCAAAAAACUCUGAAGAUUCGGAACCUCAACCCGUUUUUUUCUCUGUGAGUUCCACUUUUCUGUCGUGAUGAUCAACCAAUAUGACAAUUUUCAGGAUCAAUAUUAUACGGAAGGAAGUGAUUCUCUGGAUGAAGAAGUGUUCGACGCUGAAGAUAAAAGAACGAUGAUGUUUAUGGACCAGCAAGAUGGCCUGAAACGAUUCCGGUCUUUACCCAACAUUGUAAGCUCCUUGCGUUUGGGAAAUAGCGUCCAGUUUGAUUUAACCCGCAGUUCAUCUCUGCCAGAGAAGGUUGGUUUUAUCAUAUACAUUUCCUAUUUUUAUUUCUUCAGCUUCAUUCUGCUCAUCUGACAUAUGAGUCUGUCACGCGACCGUUGCAAGGAGUUCCAGUGUUGGUUAUUGCAAACGAAUCGGUUACUUCACCAAAAUUGGUACUUUCAAUCUCCAACUUUAGUUUUAAAAAAUUUUUCAGAGUUUGAAAUAUGAGUCCCCUGAAAAAACGGAAAAAAGUUUCUCUCGGCAAAGUCGCUUGACAUCACGCGCGGUCAGUCGAUUCACUAAAAGUUUAAUAUCAAGAUUUCAGUCAGUCGACGAGGUUUCCAACCUUUCCGUACCUUUUUCCUGAACAAUAUCUCGUUCCAACUGGUUUUCAAAAUCUUAGCUUUUUGAAUGAGGUGAUUUUUGUUGAUGAAAAUAGGAUUUAGGAUUAAACUUUUAUUCAGGAAGAAGACGAGUUUUCUGAGUUUUCUGGUACACCCACGAGCAAAUACAGCAAUAAUGGGCCGAUUCCACUGCCCGAAUCGUGCUUCCGCCGCCGUUCGGAGGUGAUUUCACUUGCUCUGAUAAUUUAACUUUCUCUAUUUUUUGUUCAGAGUCUUGGAAGUCUUGACACAAAGGAAUCGGUAUCGCAUUUUUCUGCAACAGAUUGGAUCAGAGCAAGAGAAGCGGUUUUUAGCUUUUAACGGACCUUAGAACUAAUUGAGAAACAUUUAGAAAUCCAUGAAUAAACUCCACGAAAAAUAUGAUUGGAGCGAUGCUGUGGAAAGUUCAAGUAGCAUGUUUGAAGUAUGAAAAUCCAGCUGGAUGAUUUCUCAAAGUUAAAAUUCAGCCAUCGAAAACAAGUAAAUCAGUUUCCGGAGAUUCGACAGCAGACGUUUUCGACAUUUCAGCGGAAUCUCGAGAUCAGCCGUCAACCAGCUCCAUUUGUGUUGGAAACUACCGUUCCAGUAGAGAGGUGAUAAAAACCACAAAACAUAAAAGUAUUUUCCGAUUUUCCGGUGGACUUUGAGGAAGACUCUUCCUACGAGAAACAUCAGAAAAUGCAAUUUCUGUCUCCAACUUCGACUUCAUACGAUCCUGACGCCAGUUCAUCUCGAUCGGUAAUAGGGCCUCAUUAUUCUGAAUUAUUCGUUUUUGCUUUUAGUUAAGCGAGCGCCUAGAUGACGAUAUUCUCGACGUUUCUUUUGAAUCCAUGGAUGACACAGUCCUUAAUAGGAACGAGGAAAAGUUUUCUGAGACGGUAUUGAUUCAAUAAAAAUGAUAAACUAACUCUCCGAAUAAAUUUCAGCCCGCAUUGGAAAACCAACGUCAAAGAUUCCGUUCAACUGUACAGAAGCCUCAUGCUGUGAAGUUGAAGGUGGGAUUUUGCUAAUGGGGAAUUUGUAAAAUAUUAGGAUAUUUUUGAAAAAAAUCAAGGAAAAACACUUUGUAAAAACUGGAAUCAGGUAAAAGUUGAGCUGAUAAGAGUUUUAACAAAACUUACAAAAUUUCACAUUUUUUCUAUAAUUUUCUCUAAAAUUAUUGAUUUUCUUAAAGUUGCAAAUUGCUGCUUUGGCAUUUUGAAAAGUUGGCAAAAAAUUUCUCUUCUGAAUCCUCACUUUAGAUGAGUAACAAAACGAAGGCUUUCAAUCAGAUUUUCAAAAAGUUAGCGAACUGGUCAUAAAAUUGUUUCUAAACUUUGCGAACAUUAAUUGAAACUAUUCACAGCUAUUUAGGAAGAAAAACAGCUCAGGGUUGACUCGGUCUGGGCAAACGAGCUUUCUCCUGGUCGUUCGGAAAACUCAGUAAGCCUUCUGAAAUAAGAAAAAAAAAAUUUUUUUUGGAGGAUUACUCAAGCGACGCCGAGUCUCCCACGCUUCUGCAAUCAAGUUCUCGCUUGCACCCACCGGUCUGACAAUUUGUUUUUUCAACUUUUCAAUGCUUGACGUUUAGAACUCUUUUGGAACUUCUCGCAAUAAGUUUCACACGCCUGACAUCUUCGAAAAAAUACUUUCGGUGGGCAAUAUUUUCAUUAUAUCUAAACUAAGUGGCUUUUUCAAGAGUUCCAGCGGCGCUAUAUCGUUGGAAUGUCCUUCGGGAGCUUUUCAGAAUUCAGAGACAUCUGUAUUAAACAGGAAAGCUCCUGUCGGAACAGAAGAGGCGAAUGAGGUAAAGACGAAUAUAAGAUUGAAUGUUUUAAAAACUGAUUAUUUAGUUCUACGGAUCUGAUGCCAUUGAGUAUCCCAAAGAAAAGACGUGUGAAGUACAGUUUUUUGUGCCGAGGAGAACCAAAUCGGAGCACGACCUUCCAUUUACGGUGGAAGCGUCAAAAUGUUUUUUCACGGGCCGAUCGGCUUCUGUCAAAGAAAAAGAAAAGUUCCAAGAGUUCGAAGAAGGACGUGGAACUUACAGAAGCAUGCGCUUAGAAGAACCUUUGAUGGAAGAUGGAUUACGCUCUGGAACUUUUCAAAGAAAUUGCUUCGAUAGCGAGCCUCCGCACUACCUGCUACAACAGCUUGCGAAAAGCCAAAUUUUUGAGCACAGCAAGCAAAAAAGAAAAGCUUCUGUUCCGAAAGCUAAGAAGAAAGAAACGCCCGUCAUCUUGGAAGACCCGAACACUAUCAAGCGAUCCCGAAGUGAGAUGUGCCUUCUUGAAGCUCACCGACAGUUUUCGGCUCGAAAGUGGUACCAGGUCAAACGCAUGCAAAGCGUUGAAUUGAACGCCAAGGUUUCAAGAUGCGAAUCCAGAUUUUUCAUUAAAUCACGGAUAUUUAGAGAAAAAUGGCCCAGUCUUCUAUGCGCGCUCUUCAUUUCCCGGCCUGCACUUUUUGCCAGAAAUGGUCACGCAAAAAAGAAGUACGUUAUUUCAUUCUUGAAUUCGUCUACUGCGGUUUUCAGUUGUGUGUAAUUUGCGCCAAUGUCAGAAGUAUUCCGGAGUGUUUCGAAGCUUCAAUCAAUAAGAAAAAGGUAUAGAACUUCUCAAAGAGGAGAAUCAAAACAAUUCAUUUAGAAAUGUCGAAAGUGUGGUCAGUUCUCAGUGAAAUUCACUUGUACUCGCAUGAGCAAACAGCGUCGGCUAGCUCUAGCCAAACGUCAAAAAAAGUUGAUGCCAAAAAAGAAAACGUACAAACCGCCAAUUGAAGAACGGAAUGAUGAUCUCCUAGAAAGCCUGAUUGAAAUCGCUCCUUACAAGCCUUAUCAACCUGUUCGGAAAAAUACAGUAAUGGAUCAUUUCGUAACCCAGCGAGAGUACGAAGCGAAAGAACGAGACGAGAUGUUAUAUGAGCAAGAGAGGAUUCUGGCCAAAGACGAUUUCAAAAAAGCUCUGAUAAGAGACGCAAAAAUUGAUCUGAAGAAAGCACAAGCUGCAGCUAGCGCCCUCUCGAAAAGCACUGGAACUGAAGAAGAACUCGUUAUGGUCACUGAUGAAAAGACCGGAAAGAAGUCUAUGCAGUGGCGCAAGGUUGAGCUGAAAGCACCCGACGCAGAUGAAAACGAGGAGGAGUGGACACUCGUGACUCGUAAGAAAGAGCUACCUCCGGUAGUCAAAGAGAAUAAACCUGAAAAAGCAACCGUCAUCCGAUUCGAAAAUGUCAAAACACCAUUCCGGCCGAAUUACAAUCCCGCUGCAGUCAGUGCAAAUGAAGUUGUGGAAAAAUACGAAGAACAGUUGCAAAUGAGCCCUCAAACUACAACUUUUGGCGUGCUGCUCCGUCAAGCUCGUAGAGCCGCUCGCAUAACUUCCAAAGCAACAGGAACUCCUCUCAGAGCAGUUCGACGCAUUUACACCAAAAAUGGAGUUGUUCUUCGCAACUAUAAUAAGUUCAUGAUGGCUCACUUCUUUUCCCUUCUUCGAAAGUGUCAUAUGGUGUGGCUGGGAGAGAACAAGUUUAUGUGGCUGAAGAUGGACAAAGAAGCGAAGUUAGAUCAGUCAAAGUGGAAAGAGCUCACAUUGAAGGAAGCCAAGAAGGUCAAGCGUCCUUUGAGGCUUGUUGAUAUUCUCAGAAAUAAGGUAUAUCUCACAUAUAAGCUAAAUUUAAAUUUGAAAUUUCAGAAAGGAGCGGCAGAAAACUUGAGCAAUCUGAAACCAGGAAACGCUCUCUGGAAGUGGGCAACCAACAUUGAUCACGUCGAUUUCGAGCGAAUUCAAUCGAUUCCGAUGCAGCAAAAUUUUUACAACUCGACAAAACGGCCAAUCUGGAACAAUUUCAACAUCAAAAAGGCUUUCCAUUUGAAAGUCGUGCGCGCUGAGAAAAGUAAAAAACGCACAAUUGAUCCCGAAAAGUCGCGAAACGAGGUGGACAGUAUCAUUGACUCGGCAGAAAACAGCUCGGAAAGCGAAGAUGAGUUCUAUGACAACUUCAGCAAUCCCCUCAACAUGCCUGAAAUUGAUGAAAAUGAAGUCCUCAGAGAGAAAAAAUCACUCGAAUCAACGUUCAAUGUCAAAGGGUUGGACAUAUAAUUAGAAUCAUGAUACUAGUUGAUAUUUUAAGACUACCUGGCCUGUUGUACAUGGCAAAGUUGGUCCACGACGGGGUUGACGCGGACGCUGAGGAUAUGAAGUUCUUUGUUGGCGAUGCCUUUUGGAAGUACAGCAAAAGGGUUUGUUCUGCGUUUCAAUGGUUUUGCAGCAGUACAAUUUCUUCCAGGUUCAUAUAUCUCCGAUUCGAAAAUUGAUGAUGCUUUCUGUGGGGCUGCCAACCUUGGAUCGUCUUGCCAUGCUCACAAACACCAUUCUUUACUCGGAUCCACCGGAAAAACUCUUCGAAAAAUUUUUCAUUGCAAUUUGCUAUGGACGUGGAGACGUCGCUGAUGAGGUUGCUUUCGAAUUUUUCUUACCCUUGAAUAUACUUUUUUACAGAUUCUUCUGAACAUUCACACUAUGUACGGGAAGCCAGACACUCCUUUCGAAGAAAUGGAUGAAGUUCAACAAACCUGGGUCCUUGUGAAGCUUUUCAGAAAGUGAGAAACUGAUAGCAGUUGUUCAUGCACCUUUUUUUUAAGAAUGAGUUCUAUCAAGACCGGUCAAGAAAAAGAGGAACCGGUGGUUGUUAUUGAGAAAAAAGAGAACGAAACGCCCGAGGAAAGAAGAACUCGCGUUGUUUGGGAAAUGAAACAAGCAAGGCAGAAAUCACAGACAAAAAAGCGAUUUAUCAUACAAAGGAGUGAUAUGAAUUACGAGGUUGGUAUACUCGUCAAACUCAAAUCCAUGAAAAAAAGAUUUAUAGUCUCGUUUGGACGAUGAACAGAUCGUAAGAGCCGAUUCCUUCGAAAUUGCUUCAUCUACUGAAAACCAAUCCGACGAGACUUCUCCUCAAAACAGUUCUGCUACAAGAAUCCCCAAAUCGAUUCUCAAAAAAAGUGCCAGGUGAAAGAAUCACAGUUUCAACUUGAGAAAAAACUUUAAGAUUUCGAUUAAACUUUAUUUGAAAAAUUCCUCAAAAAUUCACGAUUUCUUGAAAAAAACUCCUUUGUUCUUUUUUUUGAAGAUUUAUUAAUUAACCGGCAGUGAAGAUCUAUUUAAAGAUGAGACAGAACUUUUUCUCAAUAUUCAUUAAGAAUGUUUUUUUGGGAUUAACAUCACAAAUCAGAUAUUUUUUUGUGAAAGUAAAAAAAAUAUAGAGACUUCACAGGAAUUUUUUUGAAUUUGAGAGCCCUAAAUGAAUUGAGUAUUUUUUUAGUUUUUUUCACUUAAUUUUUUUCAAUUACUUCCCAAAAAGUCAAUACAGUACAAAAAGUUCUAUCUUGAUCGGCAAUCUUUAUUUUUCUACAUAAUUUAUUUUAUGAAAAUAAUUGAAAAAUUUCAGGUCAUUGAUUUCCUAUAAAGCUCAGUUCAAACUUUUUGGACGAUGCACUCGCUACGAAAAGCGGAACUCGACUUUCAAGAAAAGCCGCGAAAAAAAUUUGGACAAGCGCGCGACCGACUGGACUUUCAAAACCAGGUCCAGGACCAAAAAGCAAAAGUGGCGUCUGCAGCCAACAGCCGAGCAGCUCCUGCGGCUUUUGCCCCAAACUUCUUCGUCUGGAGCUACUGAUAACAAUCUGCCCACCGUCCAGCCUAUCGAUUCCGAAUCAUCGCCUUGCGAGUUUUCGCCCUACGAGGACCUUCCCUGGAAGCCGGAGCAGUGGAUCAAGGCAGCUGAUCGCUUCUUGCAAGUGGCUGAACGUAAGUUUUAUAUUUAUUUGAUUUCAAUCAUUGUCUCAACUUAAAAAAUUAAACUGCGGAUAUCAAGUGUAGAAAAUAGUGGGCAAGGGUUUCUAUAAAAGUUAUAGUAGAAAAAAAAAUGAAAAAGUUCAAUUUUCGCAUUUCCGGAAUUUUUAUAAGAAAAAAAUUUUAAUUGAGAAAUUUUCUUGGUUGCGAGAAAGCUUGAGUUUUUACUUGUAAGGUACGAUUUUUUUUUACCUUGGUUGCAUUUGUUCAUUUCGGUUUUUGAGUGGCGAAUUACAAGAUACCACUUGGUUUAGUUAUUCAUAUCUCUUCUCCAAAGAAAAGGUACUGUAAGUUGCGAGGAAGGAUGGAACAUUUUUCAAGCCUAUCUAGUUGAACACGUUGAAAUAGUUCAACCAUUAAAAAUGCCUAUUUACAACUUUUUUUUUUUCAGAAAACGCUCACGUGUGCCCGGCUCUUGUCCUUUGUGUUUUGUUCUUGAAAAUGACUUACUUGGGCAAAAAACCAGAUUUUAUCAUAAAACAUGUUCUGGAAUCGGUGCGUGUUUAGCAUUUGAGUCGAUUUUUUGAAACACUUUUUUCAGGAAGCCGAAUUUACCAUAAAGGUGGCUUUUAUUGUGUGUAUGUCAAAUAGUUCAGAUAUUCUCGAGCCUCUUCAAAUCCUUGUCAAUAAGGUUUGUAAAUUUUCUGUACUUAUUUUCAAUAUUUCUUGCUGAGAUAAUUGAUUUAAAGCUUUGGUGAUAAAACGAGGAUUUUUUUUGUUUUUUCACACAAGCUUCGUUAUUUUUUUAUUUGAAUAAACUCAAAAAAUUACAGGUUAAAGGAAUGGACAGGCUUGUUUUUGUUGGUUUGGGUAGACAUCCAGACUCUCUGCGAGUUCUAUACGAGUAAGACUUUUCCGACAUUUUCUAACUGAAACAGUGUUCAGGGAAGCGAUGAUAAGCUCGGAUUGCAUGCUCACAAGUCAUUUGCUGGUCAUUGGGCGAUGCUUCAGCGAUGACUCCGAACAACUUGAUGUAAAUUUACUAACAAAGUUUCACCUGCGAAUUUGAAAUUUUCCAGUUGUUGCAACCUGGAGAAAAGUCUGGUUACAAGAUGAACCGUAACAUUGGCAAGCUCCUUGCCCAAGAACUUGAGGACGAAACAACCGACGUGAAAGUGGCACCAACUCUUGAACAUGCUUUCCCAGUUGCUUGUCUACUUGACAGCGACGGAAACCCUUAUGAUGAUACCAGGUUUUUUUUUCCGUUUUCAAACUUUUUCAAUCGAUAAAUUUGAGUGAGGAUUUGCUGCGAAAGCUAGAAGGAGAAAUGUCGAAGUUCGCUUCGGCUGUUGAGUUGAUCACUUCUCCGAUUUCCACUCAAAACUUGCUGCAUGAAAGCAUGAGCUUGGCGAGGGGAGCCAAAAAAUUCAAGGUUUGUAUAAAAGGAUCAAUAUCAAAUUUUGGGAAUGCAAAAAAGCAUAUCUGACUUGAUUAACAUCGAAAAGCAAAAAAAAAUAUGCAUCUUAGUUGUGGCCAGUUUCACUUUUCGAAAAUGAGUAAAAUCAAAAAUACUUCCUUUUAACUUUAAUUACCUCCAUUUUCUUUAUACUUCCUUCGAUAAUUGUUAUCAGAGAUCUUCAAUCUGAGUGAAAAAAACUGGUUUUGAACUAUCCGAUUUCAAUUCAAAAAGAACAUGUAAAAACAUAAACAAUCCAUUACUCUAAAAGAACUUUCAGACCGAGGUUUCUUGUAAUUUCUGCGGCGCCACUGUUGGCAAAGGAGUGACUUUGGCUACAUAUGGACAAGACUUGACGAUGGCUUCGGUUUAUUCAACUGAAUUUAUUUCGAGAACACAUAACGUUUCAGUUGCCGAAAAUGGAGCAGCAACGUCGAAUCAGAAGACACCAGCAGAGCAUCGGACGCGACGUCGACUCUUCUAUGGAGUUUUUGCCUCUGAGCAUUUCUUCUUCCACCAACGCUAAUGGAAACGACAAUGAUGAAGAUGUGAGAAUUUCCAAAUGUUUUGCGAAUUUGAAUUAUUGAAAAACUUUUUUUUAGAUAAAACACAACUGCUUCUAGUUUUAAAUCUGAUGAAAGUUGCAGAAAAAAAUGACUAUUAUCAAAUUUUUUCAAUAGGAGUAUUGAAAAUAGUACGAGUGAACUUUAGGGCGUUUUCAUCAAGUAUAAUUUGAAGCGGGGGAACUUUUUCAAGAAAUACCCUAGAUUUCGCGGGAAAAGUUGUACAUAAUAAACAGUUAUCAAUGUUUUGUACAGGAACAGCCGCCAUCAAUCAGCGCCUGCCAGCGAUGUCGCAAACCUUUGCCGCGAUGUGUAAUUUGCGCCCGCUACUACCAACUCGAAAUGAUGGAAGUUGACCACGCAUCCGAGCGAAACAUCCUCCACGAGUUUUGCGUCUGCAGCGUGAGUUCAAUCACGGAUUCAAUAAAAAGUUUUGUUCAUUAUUGAACUUUUUCAGGUUUGCAAUCAUGGAGGUCACACACGCCACCUCGUCGCUUGGUUUGACAUGGAAGAAGAGUGUCCUGUCAAUGAGUGCAAGUGCAAGUAAGUCAUUAUUUCUCAUGUGUUCGGGCUACUUUUUUGCCUUUUUUGUAAAUUCCCUAGGUCCAUAAAAAAAGAAGUCUUCAACUCAACCUCUUAUUUCGAUUCAGAAAAAAAUUUUUUUCUAGCCACUGUCAUAAAAUUUUUAUAAAACAAAAAUGUUUUUUUCAAAGUUUUUUUAGUUUAUUAUCGCAAAAAAAUUUUUCAUUAAUUAUUUUGUCCAGAUAUAAGGUCUAAAGAAAGUCCUUUUUAAAAAAGCCUACACGUUAAAUAAUUCCAGGUGCCUGAGCAUGAUUCGCAGUUUUGUCAGGCCAUUUAUUUUCUACGACCGCAAAAUGAAGUUCGAAAUGGAAAGAGAAGUUUCGACUAUCAAUCAAGACGAAGACUUUGAAUUCGAAGAAUGA